GAUUUACGUUGUUCCAAGACCUUCGGUUUUGUGCAUCAACAUUUGGCGCCGUCUGUGGGAAACGAUACGAAAAGUUGUGUCGGUUCUCUUUCAUUUUUUCACCUCCACCGUGAAUCUGCAAAAACCAAGAACCAAACACUUGCACAGUCACUGCAACACCCAUGUCUUCUGUUUUAGCUCCCGGUCACGGCGGCAUCGAUGAAAAAACAGUCGGUCACUUUUGCUCACACGGACCGUACGAGACCACUCAACAAGUUGACGUUCACACAGAGAAGCUCUCGAGCAAAAGCAACGAAUGAUGGGCUAAAGUUGGCAGGCCCAGCUCGGCGGCUCAGCAAAAAAAAACCCUACACCCCCUCACUCCGCAAAAACCCAUUUCCCUUCUCUCGAAUCUUCUCAUCGUCACCAGAAUGGGAAGCAACCAAGCUGUCGUGUCCUUCCUCACCAACCUUGUGCACGCCGCCUUCGGCCUCGGCGCCGGCGCCACAAUCCUCAACUCCUCGCUCUACACCAUCGACAGCAGUCGGCGCGCCGUCCUUUUCGACCGUUUCUGCGGAGUAAUCGACGACACCAUCGGUGAAGGCACCCACUUCCUGAUCCCAUGGCUCCAGAAGCCCUACAUCUUCGACAUCCGCACUCGACCCCACACCUCCUCCAUCUCCGGCACCAAGGAUCUCCAGAUGGUGAAUCUUACCCUCCGUGUACUCUCGCGCCUCGAGGUCUCUCGCCUCCCUCAGAUCUUCAAAACCUUAGGGCUUGAAUAUGACAAGAAGGUCUUUCCCUCCAUCGGCAACGAGGUCCUGAAGGUCGUGGUGGCGCAAUUCAACGUCGUACUACGUUGCGUCGGAGGCGCUGAUGGGCAGGGAGUACGAUGAAAAGAUCAAUGUUUGGAGCGCCGGCGUGAUGAUGUACAUAAUGCUCGGCGGGAUUCCGCCGUUUUACGGCAAGUCGGCGACGGAGAUCUUCCAGGCGGUUUUGCAAGGGAAUUUGAGAUUUCCGCCGAAGGUCUUCCGAUCU